CUCCUUCAUUCUCUUCUAUUUCAGCAUUGACAGACUUGCUUGAUUUUAAAUCCAUUAUCAUACGAGCUGAAUCUUGAUACGAGACCUCGAUCAAGAUAGUGGCUUCACCCGUGAUAUUCGGCCUCAGAGCCGGCAGUCGUUCGUGACUCUCACGGGCGGCCCCACUCGCUCCGAUGCAAACCCUUCCGGCAACACGCCGACUCCCCGUCCGCCAAUCUUCCAACACCGAACCGACCCGCCAAAGAUCACCGACAAGAACCUCGUAUAAGAACGCACCGAAAUCAAUCAAUUCAAUCUACCCAUCCAAAAGCCCCCACCCAAACCCGAUUCCAAACAGAAAUCACCUCCAUCUCCAAACCAAAAAGAGUUCACCCUCCCGUUGGCGAAUUGGGGCUACAUCUCUUGGUGCACAUGCUGAGACUCAAACUCGCGCCUCCCCGGUGUAGGCUAGCCUGCCGCCGAGAAG